AUGGCGGAGAAAUAUCGUGAUGGGGAGGAGACCAACGAGGCGUUGGAUCCGGAGCUUUUGUAUUCCAAGGAGUACUGUAUUGGUGGUGGGAGCUUUGGAAAAGUGUACAAAGGAGUCGACAAACGGACGGGCCACGCCGUAGCCAUCAAGAUCAUCGACAUUGAAAACGCCGAAGAUGAGGUCGAAGAUAUCAUUCAGGAAAUCGCCAUUCUGUCCGAGCUGCAGUCCCCGUAUGUGACGAAAUACUAUGGCUCGUAUGCGAAGGGUGCGGAGCUGUGGAUUGUCAUGGAAUUUUGUGCGGGGGGCAGUUGUGCGGAUUUGAUGAAGCCGGGGCUGAUUGGGGAGGAUUAUAUUGCUAUUAUUUUGAGGGAGUUGUUGUUGGGGUUGGAGUACUUGCAUUCUGAUAAGAAGUUGCAUCGGGAUAUCAAAGCUGCCAAUGUGCUGCUUGGAUCCGGUGGGCAGGUCAAGUUGGCAGAUUUUGGUGUUUCCGGCCAAUUAUCUGCUACCAUGACCAAGAAGAAUACCUUUGUUGGAACGCCCUUUUGGAUGGCACCCGAGGUUAUCAAACAGUCUGGCUACGACCACAAAGCUGAUAUUUGGUCACUGGGUAUCACGGCCUUGGAAUUGGCCAAUGGAGAACCACCUUACGCCGACAUUCACCCCAUGAAGGUGCUGUUCCUGAUCCCUAAAAACCCUGCUCCGAGGUUGGAGGGCAACUUCACCAAAGCAUUCAAAGACUUUGUUGAGCUCUGCUUGCAACGAGAUCCCAAGGAACGACCCACUGCUAGAGACCUCUUGCGACAUCCCUUUAUUAGAAAAGCGAAGAAGACAACUUACCUCACAGAACUUAUCGAAAGACACAGCAGAUGGGCUCUGACACAUAAAGGGGACGACGAAGAUCACUGGGAUACUCAGGAUGGCGCGCCUCUCCAACAGCAGGAAAAGGUGGAUGAGGAUAUGUGGGACUUUGGUACGGUCAGACUCGUUGGAGAUCGCGGCGGUCUGGUUCAUCGAGCUGGCUUGAAUGCCAUGGAUGAGAGUGCGACUAAUGCUCGGUCCUCGAGGCCACUGGAUCCUGCUGAUACUUUGGCUGACAAGCGCCGUGAUGCCAGUCCGACAAAGGCCAGAGACUUCGCUUUCCAACCGAGUGACACACUCAAGGCCGGCAAUGCUGCAACGUCGAGGCAGUCAAGUCCACAGCGGAAGCCGGUUCCAGUAGACCUAACAGGUUCGCCAGCUAAAGUACCGUUGCCAGCCAGUCCGAUGAAGACACUGGCGCGCGAUACACCAGAAACACCGUCCAGCCAUCCCUCACAACGACCGCUGCCGCCUGCGCCAACAUCACAUUCUCCUGACUAUGACCAGGAGCUUCAAUACCAGCUCCAGCGUGAUAUGAACAUGCUGAAUCUCAAUAUGAGCCCGUCUCCUGCUGGCCCCUCGCACAAUUCACAGCAUGCAACGGACAAGCCGCUCCCACGGAUACAACAAGACUCACCGUCAAGACAACAAGGCUCUCGUGUUCCGUCCAUGACGAUCCCGGAGAUACCUCCAUAUAGAGGCCCAUCAGCUUCCAGAGUUCCUUCUCAGCAGGCCGUACCGCCCUCGCAACGACCACCUACGGCAGGGAAUCCCACUCCUCCACCAAACCCUCACUCACCAGCACCAUCUGAUGCGUCUAUUCCACCGUCCUCCUUCCCGUCACCGGCUCCCGCAAAUCCUAACGGAGAGCUAGAUGCGCUGAACGAUGUCAUCUUCCCUGCGCUCGAAGAAGCUCUUAAGAGACGGCAGCUUCGGCUGCAGCAAGUUUAUAGACCCGGGCAAAAUACAGGCCCUGUGUCAGCAAACCAACAACGAGCAGAGGCCGCGCACGAAAAAGUUAGAAAGCUAGUAUACAAACUGGCGCAUGUGUGCAAGGAGAUUGACCAGUGCGACAAAGCAGAGCCCGUGGGUAUGGGUCGUGAGGUGGGCAGCUUCCUAGAGGGCUUGCUAGAGGAAAUUCUUGUCCGGGUUGAGCCAUUGGAUGAAGAGGAAAUGUGA